CACACAUUUGCUGCAUGCAGGCUGACGCAUACGUUAAGCGGACACCGGUUCCUUACUGAAUCAAGCUAGAGGGACCAACCAUGGACCUUUUCGAGUUUGACUUCUUUAGGGACUGGGAAUUGGAGCAACAGUGUCAUUACGAACAGGACCGCACUGCGCUCAAGAAGAAGGAGUGGGAGCGCAGGACGCAGGAAGUGCCGCGGGAUGAAGAUUUGUUCUCCUCCGGCUUCAAUCUGUUCGGGGAGCCAUACAAGACCAAUAAAGGCGAUGCGCUGGCGAACCGGGUGCAGAGCACUCUGGGAAACUACGACGAGAUGAAGGAGCUGCUGACCAACCACUCCAACCAGAGCCACCUGGUGGGCAUCCCAAAGAGCUCCGCCCCCCAGACGCCCCUGGAGAAGCAGCCCGACCAAUCCGGCUUCUUCCCGGAGGCCCAGAGGGGCAGGACGGCCCCCUCCCAGCAGGGCUCCGCCCCCAUGGCCCCGCCCCAGUCCUCAGGCUCCGCCCUCCCGCACGCUCACCAGGGCUCUAAGAAGUCCCGCCCGCCGGACUGGUCGAGGGGGGGCCACGGCUCCGCGGGGGGCCCGGCGGGGGUCCAGGGGGGCGGGACGGCGUGCGGGCGGGGGAAGCACGGGACCACGUCCGCCCACGAGCAGCCUCAGGGCCGACUCGAGGACCCGUUUGGGGGCCAGGCGGACGCACAGAACAAAGGGGACUCCAGCCCCGCCCCUGCGCCCUCCUCAUCCUCCUCCUCCUCUUCCUCCUCCCACGCCAGGAGGCACGGCCAGGCCUCCAAGGCCCAGCCUUCGGCCGACCUCGCCUACAAGGAGAGCGUUCACGCCAAGUCCCCCUCAGACCAGGACCUGGGGGUCCUCUCCCACGCGUCGGGCUCCCCUGUGGCCUCCACGUCGCUCCUCCCCACCGGCCUCUCCACCCCCACCUUCCCCCAGGGCCUCCACUGCAAGCCCUCCAGCGCCGUGCAACAGAAGCCCACCGCCUACGUCCGGCCAAUGGACGGCCAGGACCAGGUGCCCAACGACUCUCCGGAGCUCAAGCCCCCCGCGGAGAUCGGGGACGGGUACGGCGGAGCUCCGUUCGCAAGCCUGCUGGACGGGAAGGCCGCAGGGGGGAGCGCCAAGAACAAGCUGCCCAAGCUGACCCUGCCGCAGCCUGGAGAGGUCAGCCUGUCGAAUGACUCCAGCUGUGUGGAAGAAAUUCUCCGGGAGAUGACGCACUCCUGGCCGCCUCCUCUAACUGCCAUCCACACGCCGGGGAAAGCGGAGCAGACCAAGUUCCCCAUCCCGUCCAAGGAAUCGCAACAUUUAACCUCAGGAUACAAUGGACAAAAACGGUGCAAUGUUUCUGGGAAUAAGACCACGACCAAGCCAGUGCCACAGAAGUCAAUGCUGGAGGAUGACCUGAAGCUGAGCAGCGAUGAAGAAGAGAGCGAACAGGCUGCAGAGAAAACCAAGCCAAGAAGUUCACCUCUCAACCUUCCUGGGCCCAUCGUUCGGGCCGCUGAGCCGGGUCAUUCCAGCGGGGCGUCGGGAAGCUCCAGCGAAUCGGAGAGCAGCUCGGAGUCGGACUCGGACAGCGAGAGCAGCUCCAGCGACAGCGAGUGUAAUGGGGCCUCGCGAACGGCCACACCUGAGCCCGAGCCUCCAUCUACAAACAAGUGGCAGCUGGACAAGUGGCUGAAUAAAGUGAAUCCUCACAACAAGGCCCUGAUCAACACCCAGCCAGAGAACCAUGUGCUCGGCAGUGCCCAGCCUGAGGACGGCCCGGCCGCGGAGGCCCCGGGAACGGGCAAGGGCAAGGCCGGCACGCCGCUGGCCCAGCCCGACCCCAAGGACCGCGCCCUGCUCAGCCCCAUCCGGGAGAAGGCCAAGCCCAGGACCGGCCAGAAGGCCCCCGAGGGCAAGAGCGCCAAGGUCAAGUCCCCCGCCAACGCGGAGCUGGCCCCGCCCAGGCGGAGUAUGGGCAAGAAGCAGCCCAAGAAGGUGGAGCGGUCCUCCAGCACGGAGGAGCACAGCUGGCCCAAACCUGGCAACCCCAGCGCCACCCCGAAGGAGAAGGAGCCUCCACCGCUGGAUCCACCCAAACCCAGGAGCAGAGGGGCGGGGAGCCGACCCGCCCCCAGGAAAGAGCCGCGCCCGCCCGCUGCGCCCGCCCCCGUCCCCACCCCCGUCCAGGACAAGAAGAAACACCGGGGCCCGAGUAAGAUCACCCCCAAAUCCAAGGAGUUCAUCGAGACGGAGUCUUCGUCCUCCGAGUGCCACUCCGAUCCCGAGGAGCUCCUGAAGGUCCCGCCGCCCUGCCCGGGCCCUGGAGGUCUGGGGCUCAAGUCCAAGGACUGCAACAGUAACAUCCUGAGCGUGAGCAGCCUGGCCAGCACCAGCAGCACCUCCAUACCCGACCCAGGGGUGGUAGACCUCCUGGAGGACCCGCUCUUCUCCCCCAUCCCCAUCGUCCAGAACCAGCUGCUGUCCCCGCUGAGGGACCUGGACCAGAUCAAGUCACUGUGGGUGAAAAUCGAGCUCAGCUUCCUGUCCCGAGUCCCCGGGCGGGACCCCCCCGAGCUGCCCCCGGUGGUGAAGGCCGAGACCCGAGACGGUCCCAGGCACAGGCGGCAGUCUCCGGCCUCCACGCCCGCCGAGAAGCCGCCCAGCAAAUCCAAACGGAAACACAAGUCGGAGAACUGUGAUGCCGUCAGCGGGAACAAGAAACUACGGCUGGAUAAAGACUCACUACUCCUCCCACCCUGCAUAUCCCCCAUUCACAACCACAAGACCACCAGCACAAAAGACUCGUCGAAGAAGCAGCCCAGGAAGAAGGAGGACCGUCUCCUGCCCCCGCUCCUCUCCCCUCUCUCAGACGAGCCGGUCAGGCAACGCCGCACCAGCGAGUGCAGCUCCUUCAGCCAGGAGGGCGGCGCCAGCGUGCCCAGCGCCUUAAACACCAGCUGCUCCUUCCCCCCGUCGUCCUCUUCCUCCUCCUCCUCCUCCUCGCACAAGCACCGCAAAGCGGACGGAAAACCCACCACACAUUCCAAGGCAAGGACGGAAGAGGAUGCCCACGGCAAGCCUUCCGGCAGUUUCCAUGGCAACGGUCAACCCGACCCAGACCUGUGGUCCACGCCGUCCUCCACGUCAAUGGACCAUUUGGAGCCCAGGAGGCCCAAGCUGACGUUCAGUGACACAUUACACAAUGCAGACUACUAUAUGCAGGAGGCCAAGAGGCUAAAGCACAAAGCAGAUGCACUGCAGGACAAGUUCGGCAAAGCGGUGAAUUACACGGACGGCGCCCUGUCCUUCAUCGAGUGCGGGAACGCCAUGGAGCGUGACCCUCUGGAGGCCAAGUCGCCAUACACCAUGUACUCCGAGACAGUGGAGCUCAUCAGGUAUGCAAUGAGGCUAAAGAACUUCACCAGUCAUUCGGCCUCAGUGGCGGAAAAGAAGCUAGCUGUCCUAUGCUAUCGAUGUUUAUCGCUCCUGUACUUAAGGAUGUUUAAACUGAAGAAGGACCACGCUAUGAAGUAUUCCCGCUCUCUCAUGGAGUAUUUCAAGAAUUCAGCAAAAAGUUCCCAAGCACCUUCACCAUGGGGAUCCAAUGGAAAGAGCGCCGGCACCCCCUCCCCCAUGUCCCUGAGCCCCUCGCCGGUCAGCUCGUCCAGCAGCGGGGCCGGGGCCCCGGGGGCCUCCGCCAGCGGCAGUGUGGCCAUCCCCCAGCGCAUCCACCACAUGGCCGCCAGCCACGUCAACAUCACCAACAACAUCCUGCGCAGCUACGAGCACUGGGACACGGCCGACAAGCUGGCCCGCGGGAGCCAAGAGUUCUUCCAGGACCUGGACUCGUCGAUGGACCCCUUAACCCAGCAGAGCAGCAUGACAGAACUGGUGCGCUACGCAAGGCAGGGCCUGCACUGGCUGAGGAUAGAGGCCCACUUCUUAUAGCCGCCACGCUCCACUUCCCAUGUCUCCAUCACUACCUCUACCAACCAGCGAGUCCAUCUCCACCCAUCCCCCAGGGACCUCUCCACUCUGACAGCCAAGGCCCAGACCAUCACUCUCACACACACACACACACACGCGCCUGCUUCACUCCUUAAAAAUGUCCCGUUUCCCCACUGGAUUUGAAGGAAUGUUGAGAUUCCCUGAAACAAACUACAAAACUUUAUUUUAUAUAUUUCUGUUCUGGCUCCACAAAUAUUUUGCAGUGGUCCGCAGAAAUACAAGCUCCAGGACUACGGAUGAACUUUGAGUAGCACACUGAGAGAGAGGUUUGAUGGCAAAUUUGAUCAUUUUCUUCUUCUUUUUUUUUUUUGAGGGGGGUGUUAUAGUGUUAUUGCAUCUCAGACAGCUGCAACCGCUUUCAAAAUGAAUUAGAAUGAGAGACAUGAAACUCAUAUUUAUAUAUUUAAUAUUUCCCGUUGUAAUUCAUUUGUGAAAGAACUGGUUUGUUUGCCUACAAACACCUUGAAGAGAAUAGCACCUUUAAAGCCUAUGAAUUUGAGACGUCAUUCGAUAUCCUGAGAAUAACAGGAUGUGAUAUUUUGAGCGUGCAUGUGUCGUAUAUGCUGAUGUUACAGAGGACUUGAGCUUACCGAGAACAUCCAUUCUUGAAAGCAGCGGUAGGCAGGGCAAUCGGUUUGGCCAACCUGCAAAACAACUGAGCUCCUUGUCAAGAAAACGCUUUAUUGCAAUUGAUUCCUACAGAUAAAACAAAGCUCUUACUAUCAAGCACCAUUCUAUGCUUUACACAUUCCAUUUUUGUUUGCCUCUAUGAAAAAGACCCACUGCAUUCUUUUGAACUCGUUCAUAUCUCACCAAAGGUAAAUUAAAUGAAUAGCGUUUUUUGUUAUUAUUUCAUCAUUUCGGUCUCUUCUGUACCUGGUUUUUUUUGGGCUAUAGCCGGAGGGAGAAUACAUUAGCUGUCAGCAAGCGAGAAUCAUCUUUUUAAUACGCAAAGCCCUUCAUCUGGAAAUGUGUUUGGACAGAUAUUUCCACACUAAUCAUGAUUAGCAAAGAAACCCAUGACAGUCUUGUGUAAGAUACAGUAUAACACGUACUGUACCUGCACUGUUGCUCUGGCAAUAUUCACGUUUAUAACAUUUUGCAUGUGCGCAUAAGUAUUAGGUUGUUAUCUUGAAGCUCUCGACCAGAAAUCAGUGAUUACACAAACAAAUUAACUAAAUAUAUUGUCUCUGUACAGAGAUGUCAUUUUUGAAAAUCUGUGUAACAUGUCGCACAGAGCUGUUCUAAUGAGAUGUACAGUGCACAGUUUCACCGGGUCGCUCCUCUGGGUCUCGCAGACGAGGAAGUGCUGCCUUCUUUUGUUUUCCGUGCGUGUGUCGGUUAAACGGUGUGCAUGUGAUGCUGAGAAGUUUCUGGAAAGGGUGUUCCUCCCCAGGGCCAGAGUCUCGGAGCUCAGCCAGUCACUCUGUCUUCAGACUGAUUCGUAUCUCUCGACCAACUCAGAGCUGAAUGUGAGUGAGAGACAGAAAAAAAUGUGCUCUUCACCAAUUUUUACAAAGUGCCUCCUUACCCAGUGGAAGAUUAUUAGAGUCUAUAUUUAAGAACGAGAAUCAAUCUAAGUGAUUUUUUCCAUACCAUAUUGGUAUAUUAGAUUUUUUCAUAAAGCCACAAUUAUUUAUUUAUAUACUUUGUACUGAUGAUGGUGAUACCAGUUUUGGCUUUAAAAGAAUACAAAUGUGUAACUUAUUUAUUUCAAAUUUCUAAUUGAGUUAGUAUUGUGAUGAUGCUAGAAAGAAAAAUGACAAAAACAAACAAUUAACCCAGACUACACUAAGUAGAUAAUCAGACUGAAUUAAUGACUUGCUCGCACUAGACGUUAAAUCUUGUUUCUGUUGAUGCAGAGUGUUUUACAUGGUGUACGUAGCCACAUAAUCAGUGUUAAUUAUACUCUGAAACAAAAUGUAUUGUGCAAUAGCCAUAGAAUACCACUCCAAGGACAAAUAGCAAUAUUUAGGUAAACAUGAACGGUUGUACAUCAUAUAUUCCAGAAAUUUCCAGAACUGAUUCUCUCAACAAAAAACAAAAAAAAGCAUUGUAAAAACCAAUGAAAAGCCAGCCCAGCCCUUCGGUUUCAGCUGCUGGCUAUGGCAACUCAACCCUUAGAUUUUUCCCUUAUUUUUUUUAUUUUUCACAAUCUCAUAAUCAUUAAUGAGUACAGAAACUAGGGAAGAUAAGGUGUGUGUAUUUGUUUUAUGCAAAUUACGGCAGAAUUCUCUCUUCUGGUCCAAAGUUACCAACUGUCGUCCCGUUUCUGGGAGCGGUGUGUAAAUUUCCGAGUGGCUUUUUCACAGCUGUUCCUCUGCUCGUCAGCGGCAAGCCAUUCUGUCAGAGAAAUCUGUGCCCCUUUGGCAGUCAGUCAACACCAAAUAGCACUGGCUCCCUUCUCCCCAUCCAUCCCAUAGUAUAAACAAGCGGCUAUAUUUCCAGGCCUUGGCACAGAGGAAGCCUGUUUAAUGCCCUGCACUCGUUUUAUGAGGAAGAAAGGCCGAUUGGAAACGGAUGAUUUCCACUGAGAUUGCGAAAUCGAUUUUUUUUCUUAGAAUACCCUCUCCGUGCCCCCCAAAACAAAAUAUUAAGAAAAUUGAAUGAGGUGCCAUCUGUUAGCAGUCAAAAUGAAACAGCUGCUACAAUGAAAACUUAUUUAUAACUUAACCAGCUCCAUGCUUAGCAUUUUUCCAUUCAAAUGAUGACAUUUGAAGGUUAGAAUAGUGCAGCUAUUAAUAGCUCAUUAAAAUGAUUUUUAUUUUAUUUUAUUGGAUAAUCUUUUUUAUCAAGGUUAUUACCAUUACAGAUGUAGUUAAUGCAACAAUUGACAUAUUUGAAAUGGAUUUGAAUAUAUGUUUUAAGGUUUGAGAAAUUAAUUUAAUAUUUUCAUGAACUACAGGCUCCAAUUUAAGCACUUUUAGGUAUAUGCAGUAUACUAUGUAGUGAAUAUGAAAAAUUCUGUCCACCAAAAAACUAAACAAGCCCCACUAAAGCAGGUAAUCUAAUGCUACAGCAGUGGUCCUUACCGGAAUCAUCCAUUAUGUUUACAAAGCAGGAGAUGAUGGCUAUUCUCGAUUCUCCUGUGCUCAAGCAAAGCUCUGUGCCAACGUGGGAGAAGUGCAUGCUGGGAUACAGGCUAUGGGAAGAGAGGGCCCCUUGGUCUGAGCGUGCUCAGUUAAAUCUCUUCCAUUUCUUCAGCAGGCUUUCAGCAUUCCGCCGUGGUGUUAUUUAAUGAGAUUACCCAGCAUUCAUCAUUCGUUUGUCUUAUAUUGUAAUUAAUUUAUUUCUUAAGAGAUGAAAAGGCUGCUUGUUUUUUUUGUGGAAUGAACUGACACAGCGUCUAUAAGGAGAGGUGUCCGUCUGUUCUGUGAUUGUUUUUGUUUUGUUUUUGUUUUUUUCAACUGUCGUUCCCAUCGUUUCGCUUUGUGAAAAUCAGUAUCGCGGAAAACAAUCUCCAAUUUCACACGCCCAGCUGGAAGCAUUCUCUUAGCUCUGCAAAUUAAACACUGUAAAUAGCACUUCAUUAACAUAAAUUUAUUUGCCAUGUUGGUCAAUUAAAGGUCUAAUAAUUUGAUGCUGAUUAAUAUUUAUUGAGAACCAUGGUGGAUAUAAAUGAUCCACGUGAACUUGACUAGUCUUUCCAAGCACACAGACAUAACAAAUGCCAAAUAAGUAUUUAACUGUUAAUUAUGAACACACAGAGAUUGGACACGAAUGACACGUUCAGUUAUUAAGGAAAUUGAGAAUUUAUUUGUGAAUAAAGAAACGUGGCAUAUCAUUGACUGCUAAUUUCCAUCUCAGCCACUCAGCGGUACUGAGAAUACUGCUCAUAUUGUACUUCAUCAAAGUGACUGGUAUGCAAAGAUUAGUCAAGAUAUUAUAUUUGAUACACUACAGUUCGUUUUUCCAUGCAAAAAAAGCCCUGCGUCUGACCAAAUUGACUUUAGGUGAAUACGUGUAGAUCGUCUAUCUAAUGAUGAUCUCGCUGUCCAAAUGUGUAUAUGUGUACAGUACAAUUAAGUGCUUCAUGCUUUGUGUCCUUUUGUGUUAAGGAUUGUGCCACAUAAAUAUGUGUUUUGGACUCGGAAUGGCCGCGUCGGAAAUCCAUUUGCCUUGCAGGUAAUGCAGAUCUGUGACUUCUGAAAUCCCUCAGCUUUACUAUUCUGUAUCCUAUCCAGUUCAGUGUAUUGCCUCUGCUUUCACUCAUUUCACUCUCAUUUGGAGUGCAUUAUAUUUGUAUUAUCCAAUUCUUUUUUUUAAAAGAGACAAAGUAAUAAUAUACUGUAGGUAAAGUACUUUCAGAUAUAACCACAAAAAGGCAAAAAAAAAGGCAUUUACCUAACAUGGCUGUGUUCAGUAAUGAUGAACAAUCAUCAACAAUCACUUAUUUGAGCGAAACCAACAACCUUUACCAAAAUUGUAAGUUGAAAUUAAUCUUUUUCAAAAAAUUAAACAUGACAGUUGGCAAAAGUGGACCGAAAAUCGAGACUAUCCCCCAAAGACGAAUUCCCAGCGUUGACGCUUUUACAAACCCAGCGACUCAAAAACAUCACAAUAAGUGUUCAAUUCAACCUCGCCACAGCCCCAUUUGUGGUAAUUAUGGAACAAAAUCCCAUUUAGGCAGUUUCACUCCAGGUAGACCAACUUUCACAAUUAUAACUUAAUUGGCAUUUUGAUCUCCCAUAAUCUUAACAAAGAGUGCAUAAUGAAUUUCGAUGUUUUGCAGUGAUCAAACGCAAAUUACCCAAGACAUGAUGAGCAGUACUGAAAUCCAUGAAAAAGGCAAUAAAAUGUUCUGUACCUUGAGGCUCAAGCUUUAAAUAAAUGCUUAAAUGCUACCUAUUCCCUGCAGUAUGUUCCAUGUUUAUGAGACACCAGGGAGGGACAGGGUUACCAUUCCAAGUAAAUAGCCUUUUCCUUCUUGCCGAGGUUUGGUUGGAAGCUGAAAAAGGAUGUUGUAUAAAAUGAACCGCAAUGACAGAGAGAGGAUCUUUGUUCAGGCAUGCUAUCUCUGUAAAGUUUUUUGAUUGAUUUGUUUUGUACAGAGCAGGGUAACUGUUAUGCUAUCGAUUCAUUAAUGUAUAGUUGUAAGAGUUCAUUUUUAUUGCGUUAUGUACAAAGAAAAUGUUCCUGCCUGGUUUGCUUUGUAUUUCAAAUGUGUUGCACAAGUUCUGCAGAUUUUUUUAUUUUAUUUUUGCCUAUUGUAUGUUUAUUUUAUAAGAAAACUGUCAUAUGUAAUGAACAAAAAUUUAAAAUGUAGUUAUGUUUUUAAAUGUUUAAUGUCUCAGUAAAAAUAAAAUAAAAAAUGGUAUGAGCCAUGGUAA